UUCCCCCCCCCCCCAAAAAAAAAAAAAACCAAAGAAAAACCUCAAAGCCUGUGUCUUUCUCCCUUUUGUCUUCCACUCUGUGUGUGUGUGUGGUUUUUUUGAGGCUCUGAAUUAGUGAAAUCUGAUAUUAAAAAAGAGUUAUUUUUGGGAUUCAGUUUCCUACAUAUCUUCCCCUCCUUUGUUUUUCCAACUUCUUUUCCUUUUGGGGUUCAAAGAAAACAAAGAAAGAAGGGAAAAAAAGGAAUUCAUUUCUUUGUGUAAUCUAAGCAAUGAUUAAGUGUUACCCUUUCAAUCUUCUCUUUGUAAAUAUUGCUUUGAUUUGCCUUGAUGUUGUUCUAGCAUUUAUUGCCUUUUUCCAGCUUUGUAGGAUUCACCUACGGAAUCAACGAGUUGGGUGGACACGUCAAAAAGUUCUUCAUCUCAUGAUCGGCUCUUCUAAUUGUGGUUAUUUCAUUUAUUUUUUGUGCAUGGUUGUUGCCACAUGCAAAAGGUGGCUUUGCUGGUCUAAUGUGUGUGGCUUUGUUCUAAUGGCCUUGCCCAAGAUUCUGUUUUUGGCUGCAUUUCUUCUUCUACUAUCUUUCUGGGCCGACCUUUGCCAUCAAGCAAAUGAUGAAGAGGAUGGUGAUGAAGAAAAUAGUAGUCGCAAGCCUUUGUUGGAAACUUCGAAGACCAAGGUAGGCUUGUCAAACAUUGAUAUUCGUCAGAAAUGUUGCUCGUUCCAAGGUAUUCGAGUUGGUAGCAGACAAAAAUUCGUUAUUGUGGUCAUUGUGCUCAAUGUCCUUUUAAUAAUUGCCUUUGCUGCAAUAAUCCGGAUUGAACAGAAGAAUCCUAGUGAUUCUUUAGUAUUUGCUCGGGUGUAUAUAGAUUUUCUUGCCACGUUGGUGCUUCUAAUGGGUGUAGCUCUCGGUUGCUAUGGUUUCCUUCUAUUUUCUAAAUUGAGGAGAGUUCGGUCCGAGAAAGCUUCAUCUGAAAUGCGAAAGGUGGUUGGUUUAGCAGUUGUCUCGGUCUUGUGUUUCACAUCGAGUUCUGUAAUAGCUCUUUUCACAGAUGUUCUUCUUUUUCAUCAUUGGAAUCCAGAGAAGAUUAAUGGCAUAAAAGCACCGAUUCUUCUUAUUUUGCACCAUGUUUUAGGAUCAUCAGUCCCCUUCGCUUUUGGACUAUGGUUCAUGAGAGAGCUACCAGCCCCGUCUACAAGUAAUAGGCAAGUGCAGCCAAGAGCAAUAACUUUUAUUAGUUAUGGACCGGCAGGAAGGCAUCAUCAUCAGUACUGGCCUACCUCAACAAGUUUGGAAAAGCAGGUGUCAAGAACAAGUCCAAAUUAAGCACAUAUUUAUUCUAAUCAACUAAAAAACACCAUGUUUCUCUGCUGGCCUAGCUCCAAGGAUGAAAAAGGGGAUGGGAGUUUUUGCGAUGUACAGCAGUCGCCAUUAACUGAACUAAUCAGUGUAUUACAGAUUUAAAUGACCUUGUUUUUAAUUAAUCACCAUAGUUUGACAUCAUUUGAAACAUUAUAUAUAUAUAUAGGUGAUACAUGAGUGUUGUAGAAACAAGAUAGAUGUUUGGUUCUUUUUUUUUGUUGUUGUAAGAUAUAUGAUUGUUAAAGCAUUGUGUUGUAAAUGGAUAAAGAGGUUUUUUUGUUAGAAACAGUUGAACAUAUAAGCUUUUGAACAA